CGAGAGAGAUGGUGUGAGUAAAUCCACCGUCAACUGUAGCUUGGUUGUCGUUCAAGAUCUGUCCAGGUCACAGCUGUCUGACCAACAGAUUGUGUCCCCUUGUGUUAGUUCGUGGGCCUCGCGUUCAGGAAGGAUUUUUAUUGAGUCGAAAAUUGAGCAGACGACCUGUAGACUUGCAUGGGUCGGACUAAAGUAAACAGACCUGAGGAAUGUGACAUGGUGACGUCAUCCUGAGACACCGUAACAGACCUGAGGAAUGUGACACGGUGACGUCAUCCUGAGACACCGUAGCAGACGUGGGAAUCUUGAACUGAACUACUUUGAGUUUAAAAAAAAACUGGAUUGUAAACCCCGCUAUUAAAGACUGUGAGUGAUCCAUUAGCUUAAUAACUAUACAGUCAUCCAAUGACUUUGGUCGAGUGAUGUUUUGACCCAGAAAGUCAGCCAUUAAAUGACUGUAAACGAAGUCAAUGCAAAGUGGUGGAGUCACAACGGACAUUCUAAAAGGACGAUAUUGAUUUUGUAAUCGACAGUCUCGUGAGAGAUCUGUGCUGAGAGUUCGUCUGCUACUCAAAAGGAUUGCCAGAAACUACAAAUUUCUGGGAUAGUUUUGUUGGAGUGGUCCCAUUGGAUUUAUUUACUGAGGCUGGCUUCCAGGGCAUUCUAUGGUUCCAAGGUCUUGUCAUCUUUUUACCCACAAGACAUCUGCAGCAUGAUUACAUAUUUCCGCGAGUGUGCCAUGCCGGACAGUCCAGAUAUCAAACCAAAUUGUCCACCAAUCCACUCCCCCAAGUCAUCCAGUAUGACCAGCAUGGCACCAACAACAAGACCCCUUUCUUCAAACAGCAAUAUAUCUGGUGUAAAUGGCAGCCACUCCCCUCACAGUACUCUGAACAGACGGAGUCCAUCACCACCUAUGUUAGGUUCCAUCAUGAAUUCCUCCAGUGGGCAGCAACUUCCCCCGGCAUGUGGGGCAAGACAGCUAAGCAAAUUAAAACGUUUUCUCACCACGCUGCAGCAGUUUGGUUCUGACAUAUCACCCGAAAUUGGUGAGCGAGUCAGAACAUUGGUUCUGGGAUUAGUAAAUUCCCACUUGUCAAUUGAAGAGUUCCAUGGGAAACUUCAAGAAGCAACAAAUUUUCCUCUCCGACCUUUUGUCAUUCCAUUUUUAAAGGCCAAUUUGCCACUUCUACAACGAGAGCUGAUCCACUGCGCUCGCAUGGCCAAGCAAACACCUCAGCAGUUUCUGACACAAAAUGAGCACAUAGUGUUUGACCCUACUCAUUCUCCACUGGAUGGCCAGGAUUCAGUCAUGUCAGAAAUCAAUGAAAAUGGCAAAAGACGAUCUCCUGACAGGCCUAAAGAGAACGGCCUUGACUUGCACAUAGACUCUAGCCAUCCUGCUAAAAGACAUCAUGGGAGUCACCCUAUCAGUCCAGUAUCAAGCAGCAGGGUCAGCCCUGGGUCAACUUUUAACCUUUCAACUGGGCCCAUUAGAUUAGAGGACAUCAGCAAGUCAAGAGAAAUGAGAGAACGUGAAAGGAUGGAGAGGGAACAGAUGGAAAGAGAGAGAGCAGACAGGGAACGAGAAAGAGAAAGACACUUUUCAAGUUUCAGUUUUCGAUCCACUGAAUCGUUGGAUCACUUAGAAAGAUUAGAUGAUGAUUGGAGACACGUAGAAACUAUGUUAAAUUGUAUCAUUGGAAUGGUGGACAAAACUAAAAGAGCCAUGGCAGUACUCCAGGAAAGAAGUAUCAGAGACAGAGAAGAGCUGGCACUGUGGGCAAGGCGGCAAGCUGAUGGCAUUGAUGCUGAUGUUAAGAAGCGCUCUGGAGAUGUCAUGGCUUACACGUUAAGGCAAACAGAAGAGCGAGUCAGUGAAGUGAGACGCAGAGCUGAAGAAGCAGUCAAUGACAUGAAGAGACAAGCCAUGUUGGAACUACAGAAGGCUGUGGCAGCAGCAGAUCAGAAAGCAGCUGACUUGGUUUCCAGUGAAAGAGCAAAAAUGGAAAGGGCCAUAGCAGAGGCCAGGAAACAAACCCAUUCAGAUUUACUUAUGACACUUAGCCAUCAAGAGGAAUCUGCUGAGAGCUGUUGGAACUGUGGCCGUAAAGCCAGUGAAACUUGCAGUGGGUGCAAUGUUGCAAGAUAUUGUGGAUCGUUCUGCCAGCACAAGGAUUGGGAGAACCAUCACCAUGUUUGUGGCAAGGCACAUAUCACUUCUGCUGCUGAGGCUAGAGAAAUGAGACGUGCAGCACUUAUCAGCGCAGCUGCAGUGGCCUCAUCCACAUCCUUGUCCUCUACAUCCAGCAAGGAUUUGGCAUCAUCAUCAUCUUCUAAAACAACCUCAUCCACAGAGGCAUCUUCUGUCAGCUGUGUUUCUCCUGCACCCUCCACUGUUCCCAGCCUCUCAGCCAAAGACAGCACAAAACCAGCAACUGUUGUUGCUCCUCCUUCACCAUCUUUUAAAUCUUCAAGUCCAGCUAAUUCAGACCGAACCACCCCAGCUCAAGACACCGAUUCUCACGUGUCUUCUGUCCCAGAAAGUUGUCCUGUGUAGCACACAUUUGAAAAAACUUGAACAUAAACUUUGAGGAGUCAGAUCGCACAUUGUUGUUCUAAAUAGUGAAACAAUAAAGGCUGUUCGUCUUUUUUUUCCUUCAUGUGUAGGAUACUAAGCCCAAAGUCUUGAUGGUCUCCUGCAUUACAUUUUUAAAUGCUUUCGUAAUGGUGGGUCAAGCAAAGAAUUUUAAUGACAAAAGUAAUGACAUCCACGACAUGAUAAUCCAUGCUUUGAUGCUGUGGGUUCUACCGACCCUAUGCCUUGACAAUAAUUGAUCUCCACUCAGCUAGAGACACCAUUUAAUUUAAAGCUAUCAGGAUUUUAGAUUGAUCAUAAUAGCUUAGACCUAUUUGUAGACUUUUGCAUCUGCCAUAUCCAUGUUUGUGGGUUUUUUUAUUUGUGAUGUAGCACUUAUCAAAUGUACUCCUGUCACAUUAACUUGACUAUUGUGUUCAAACAUGUAUAUAUUUAUUGCAGUGAUGAGUUUGUACAUUUGAAUUAUCACCAUUUCAUAAUAGUGUGCCCCUUUUGUCAUAAUUCUUUUAUUGUACCGGUAACAAAGAAACAUAUUUUUUAGAGUCAAAAGAAACAUAUUUUUUAGAGUCAAUUAAUCCAAUAUUUCUAAAGUACGAUUUUUUAUCUAGCAAGAACCAUAAAAAAAAUCAUAUUAUGAUCUAUACAUCAGGUUUAUCUCCUUCAAAAAUAAAAAACCUGAAAAAGAAAUCAUGAAAUAUAUGAAGUGUACAUUAUUAAUACAUCAAUCAACACAGCCAUUGGACUGUGAUACUGGUAUUCUAGUGAUCCAUUAAAUGAUAGCAUUUUUUCUACUCACAAUUAGUUACCUCCAUUACUGAAUCACAGAAACUGUAGAUCUCAUUAUUUUUUUAUUAAUAAUUAUGCAAACUAAUCUAGUUAAAAUUGAAUUGUUUAUUCUAUAAUGCAGAACAAUCAUAUUUCUCUAUUUAGUUAUUUUCUUGACAUUUUUUCUUAUUUACUUUUGCUACGGAAGCACAGAUUGUUAUCCGGCUGAUACUAAAAUUAUUCUUUUAAUUUUCUUACAAGAACUCGAGUGUUUAACUUUAUUUUCAAUCUGCCAAAAAAUUUUCUUUGAAUGGUAAAGGGUAAGAUUAAUUGCUAUAAAGUUGGAUUUUUUUCCUUUUAUUUUUUACUGGGCCUUUUGUGCUUUUUUUAUUUAUUUUGGGAGGUAACUGUCUCAUUACUGUCAGUAUUUUGUGGAGUGGAUAUACUUUUUUUACUUGUAAAUAUUUCAGAAAAAGAAAUAUUUUGUGUCAUAUAAACUGCAGUUUUUAUUUUAAUAAAUGGAAUUUUCUAAAAAACUUAGUAAGUUUAAAGACUAUGGUCUAAAAUUUUCUAUGUAUAAAUACGGUUGGUGUUUUCACAUUGAUUAAUAUUGUUUUGACUGAUCUGAUUUAUCUAAAGUUUGGUGUAUAUUUGUUUGAAUUAAACUAUCUUAUUCUUAAUAUAUAUAUAUAUAUAUAUAUAUAUAUAUAUAUAUAUAUAUAUAUAUUAACACAACUCCGAAUUUUAAAUAUCAGCAUCCAGGUGUUCAUUCUUGUUUAACAUGAGAUCUGAUUGUAUCAUAUGGUGGUAUAUCACUUUUUCAGACAUUCUUGUUUAACAUGAGAUCUGAUUGUAUCAUAUGGUGGUAUAUCACUUUUUCAGACAUUCUUGUAUUAUUUUUUUCAACCCAGUGCAAUACAUAUAUCAUUUGACCAUUUUCUUUCUUCUUCAGGAAGUCAUCAUUUAGGCUCAGAUGAAUUGUCAGUUAAUAUAAUAAGAUACUAUUUCAUAAUAAUACAAAUAGUAAUGUUAAAUAUUUUGUGUGACCUUUCUGCAUUUUUUUUUACACUGACUAUGGGCUGCUAUGUGUCCAAACUAAUUGGCUUCAUCUUAACUGUAACCUUAACAUUCAGGCUGUUUCUGCUGUUAGGCAAUACUCGACUGAGACUGUUUAAUUCAAGGAAAAGCUGCAUAGUAUUGUGAGUGCAGGAGCACUAUUUUUUUAAAUUCUCUUCUUUAACUAAUCACUGAUGUAUCUAUUUGGAAACAGCCUUGACCUUACAUUCCUGAAUCUCAUUACUCAUUAUUCUUUUUGUUCUUCCUCAAUUUUGUAAAGAAACUGUUUCAAAGUCAUAAAAAUGUACUUCAAAUUAUCUUGCUAAUAUUUUUUGAAAUAGUAUAAUCUAUAGUCUAUGUAUCAAAAGGGGGAAAAAAAACAAAACACUAUCAAUAUGGUAGUUAAAAUUUAUCCGAUAUCUAGCAAUUUUCUUUUUAUUUUUAAAUCAUGACUUUAUUUUCUAGUGACCACUGGACAUUUUAUAGCCCUAAUUACAUGUUGCUACAUUAUCAAAACUCUUGUAAUCUACUUGAUUGUGAUAUUUUAUUGCUUGAUAUUUGAACCAUGACAUGUUAGCAGCAUUUUAAUAUAUUUUUUUUUAACCAAUCUCUUUGUGCGUCAAAACACUUUUCAGUGCAAUUGUCACUAAGCAAGGGGCACAUAUUGUGGGUCCAUUAACCACACAAAUGAGGAUUAAAAAAUUUCUUGCCCAAUGCAUUAGUUUAUUUUUUGAAUAGUUUGCUAAACCAUAGAUUUUGACUUAGUAUUCAGAAUUGGGUUGCAUAAAAGUUUAAGCCUAAUUUGUGUUAAGUGCUUGAACAUGUUCUAAACGUUAAAGUAAAUUUGUAUAAAAUUAUUUAUUAUUUUUAAAGCAUUUUCUUCACAUCAGUUCCAAAUAGCCAGCAGUUUUUUGAGUAGACUAAGUGACAUUAAAUACUUAUUACAAUAAGUAGGAUUUUAUUCUAGGCAGCAGUAGAAAGUUAAAUGAUUCAAAGUUAGGAUGUGGGAAAAUAAUGAAACAAUAUAUGUUGAAAUCAUAAUACAAUAGACAAAAAUAUUUUUUUAACUUAUUUACCACUCUUGUCAAUAAAUUUUUCUUAAGCACAAAGUUUCUAUAAAGCUAAAUACAUAUAUCAAGAGCACUGCCUCGUAGAUCUGUAAUAAACAAGUCAGCAGAUUGCAAUAUAGCUAACCCUAAACCGUAAUGUACAUAAUUUUAAACUAUGUAAUGAUGAUCACAGUAUAACAAUAUACUGGUGAGAGUUUCCUGACAAUCUCUGGUGCCAUGGGGUACUGUAUAUAAAGGGCAGAAUGUGAUUUUAUUUUCUUGAAACUUUCACAUUUAAUAUAUAAUAUGUUCAAUGUUUCGUCCCAUUUUUUUUUAGUCUGUUUUGUUUUCAUCUUAACAGUGACAAAUAAAAUACUCAUUAUUUGACAGAA